CCCAAUAGACCACACAAUCAGUUAAACAAAUACUUGUGACCAAAGUUUUGUGAUCUGCUCUUCAUUUGUCUUCUUUAUUGCCAUUAUUUCGGAUCAAAUCCAAUCCAUUGCUGACGAGUGACUCAAACAAUGCAUCGAUCACUGCGACCGAUUCUGUCGAAUGUGUUUCGAUGUCAUCAUAAUUGUCACCGAAUGGAGUCCACCGAAAGAGUGGUCACAUUAAUACCGGGCGAUGGUAUCGGACCAGAGAUAUCGAGCGCUGUUCAGCAAAUAUUCUCUGCCGCAAAGGUUCCCAUCACUUGGGAUACGGUUGAUGUGACUCCAGUCAAGGGACCGGACGGACGCUUCGGUAUUCCUCAGAAGGCUAUCGACUCUGUUCUCAAGAAUAAGAUCGGUCUGAAGGGACCGUUGGCCACACCUAUAGGCAAAGGACAUCGUUCGCUGAAUCUGGAGAUCCGAAAAGUGUUCUCUCUGUACGCCAAUGUGCGGCCGUGUCGGUCGAUCGAGGGCUAUGAGACCCUCUAUAACAACGUCGAUGUCGUCACCAUUCGCGAGAACACCGAAGGCGAGUACAGCGGCAUUGAGCACGAGAUCACCCCCGGAGUGGUUCAGAGCAUCAAAUUGAUCACUGAAAAGGCCAGUAGACGAGUGGCUCAGUAUGCCUUCGAGUACGCGAAGGCCAACGGACGCAAGACUAUCACAUCUGUACACAAAGCAAACAUUAUGCGUAUGUCUGACGGUCUGUUCCUUCAGUGUUGUCGAGAAGUGGCAGAACAUCACCCGGAGAUCAAAUACAAAGAGAUGUAUUUAGACACUGUUUGUCUCAACGUAUUUCGAUUAAAUUUUUUAUUUGAUUACCAAAACUGA